AUGUUCGGCAUCCUGGAGGCAGUCUCCGUCCCGCUUACUGGACUGUACACCACCUACGACGACCUGAUUCGCGACUUAAGCGAUCGUGCGGCUAAGGAUGGAUACAAAAUCGUCAAGGCGCGGUCGCAUCGCGCCCGCGUCAACGGAACGGAACAGAACUCGAGCGAGAUGAUCCGAUGCGAUCUCGUUUGUGAUCGCGGUGGGCGCCCGUACAAGUGUCAGGCAACAAAGCACAAGACGACGACGAAGAAGACGAACUGUCCAUGGAAGGCAAAGGCGGUUAAUCGCAAGACAAUGGGAGGCUGGGUAUUGACGGUCGUCUGCGAUCAGCACAACCAUGAACCGGGGACACCAGAGCCACCGACACCGUCAGCGGCAAGUGACCCAGGGGCCGCACUGGACACUGAUGGCGAUGAAGUAGGCCCUCGGGCCGAUGUUGACACUUCGGAAGCGAUGUUGGCUGCUGGCGUGCCAAACUCUACCAUGCGUCUGACAGGCGACACGUUUUCAGGCUUCAAGGCCGAGUACCGCAAGCUGUCGCAACCGGAACGAAUCGGCGUGCUCUCACAACUGCAACUGCGCGUUGCCGCGCUAUAUGCUAUACAGAACGAGGAGGUCCAGCGGAACAAGCGACAGGAGCAGCAGCGGCAACGUCAUCAGGAGAUCGAAGCAACACGGAUAGACCGACACGACGGGAAGAGGCAGAAGCGGCAGCAGGGCACGCCCGUGCAAAGACCGCCAACCGUCGACUCACCUCACCAACCGCCGACAUUACAACACACGCCAACACUGCAACAUACGCCAACGCUGCAACAUACGCCUGUUCCAAACGAGCAAAUGGCGCCGACUGCACCAAUGCACGUCCAGCCGCAACAGAUGCAACAGCAAAUGACUCCAAGCCAGCAGCAGCAUGUACAGCACCACCAACACCAGCAAUUUCAUGUCCAGAUACCAGACAGCCCUAGUCAGCAGCUCAUGUCUAUGGGAAUGAAUCUAGGACUAUCGCCGCCACCACCGCCGCCCCAGCAGCCAUCUACACCAUAUUCCGGGCCGCCAAAGAAGAUGCGCGGAAACCGGACCCCGCAAGCAGGGCAGCAGCCCAGUCCGACAGUUUAG